UUCUUCAUAAAACAUUUAAUCUCUCUCUAUCUCUCUUUUUUUCUGUGCAAAGAUCACUUUCUUGCUCCCAAAGCAAAAUCAAAUCUUCUUCUUUCUUCUCCCAGACAUCAGCAACAUUCAGGAGAGAAAAAACUUAAAACUAAAAUAACACAAAACACCAGAGGACAUAACUUAAAUUUAAAUCUGAAAUAAAAAAUGAGCUGCAAUGGUUGCCGUGUUCUCCGGAAAGGUUGCAGCGAGAAUUGUAUCCUCCGGCCAUGUAUUCAAUGGAUUGAAACCGCCGAUGCUCAAGGUCACGCCACCGUCUUCGUCGCUAAAUUUUUCGGGCGUGCUGGUCUCAUGUCUUUUAUCUCCGCCGUACCGGAAUCUCAACGUCCUGCUUUGUUUCAGUCUUUGCUCUACGAAGCUUGUGGAAGAACUGUGAAUCCAGUAAACGGAGCAAUCGGAAUGUUAUGGACUGGAAAUUGGAAUAUCUGUCAAGCGGCUGUUGAAACGGUUCUUCGAGGCGGUUCUUUAAGACCGAUCCCGGAGCUUGGCGGCGGAUUCGCUGGUUUUCCUUCGCCUACAUCUGAAGAAGCAUCUGAGAUCUGCACUGAAAUGUUGAAUCUUCAGCAAAAUGAUUCAACCGGUCGUAACAUCUAUCAUCAUUCUCGAUUUUCAAGCUCUAGAUCUAGAUCUACCAUGGAUUCUUCUUCUCCGACGAAACGUAAGCGAUUAGCAUCAGACCAACAACCAUCUUCCGAGCUUGAUCUAUCUCUGAUCCCUAAUUUUCCCGUUAAAACAACAACGCCUUCUUCUACACGGCGGCGAUCAUUAACUCCGUCGAUGAACUCAGAGGACUCCGUGACGACGACGGCGUUUUGUGACAAAGGUGAUGUGUACGGGAACGGAGGAGGAGAAACGAGCAAGUUGCUUAACCUUUUUGUUUAAUGCAAAACGGCGUCGGUUUUUCUCAGACUUAGUCUAGGGUUUAAAAUGUAAUUUUACACAUUUUCUUCUCUUUUUUCCCGUGGAUAAAAAGUAUUGGACCGGCGAAUUAGCAACUACGUCGUUUUGUUCUCUCGGUUUAGAGUCCCCCAUUAACCAAUGUAAAACUUUAUCGAGUGAAAAUUUCUAUGAUGUUAAUUUGUCUUUAGUUUUC